AUGAAGAGGCGUGGGAUAUUCUGAGGUGGUAUAAAUGCCUUUCCGGGAGUGUUUUCAAUCAGCAAGUGAAGGCACCUGCUUAGACGCCAGAGGGUCUCCGAAGUUUUGUAUGGAAAAGACAUAAACAAGGCCGAUAAAUUGCAUGGAAUUAAAAGUCUAACUGUUCGCCAAGUGAGGCUAAGAAAAAGGGAAGGUAGCCAGCUAGCUAACGGAGAACCAAAGGACAGUCUACCUCAGAAUUGUUUAUCGUAGGAUUUUACUCAAAUGUUCCAGAAUUUGCACGUUGGCUUAGCUAGUUAGCUGCGUUAUUCCCAGUAGCCGUUCAUGUUUAUUAACAGCGCGCUGUUGUUUUCAUAUACUAUUUAAUUAGCUAAUGCUUCUGCACUCGUUUGUCAACGGAGCCCUGGAAGCUAUGCAUCCAACAAUUCAAAAAGACACUACUUUUACAAAGAUUUUCGUGGGCGGCUUGCCAUACCACACCAACGAUGCUUCUCUCCGAAAAUACUUCGAGGCUUUUGGCGAGAUCGAAGAGGCGGUGGUGAUAACGGACAGACAGACCGGUAAAUCCAGAGGAUAUGGCUUUGUUACCAUGACAGACCGAGGGGCAGCGGAGAGGGCAUGCAAAGACCCAAACCCCAUCAUUGAUGGUAGGAAGGCCAACGUGAACCUGGCAUACCUGGGAGCCAAGCCCCGCAGCUUACAGACAGGUUUCUCCAUUGGUGUGCCACAAAUCCACCCCGCGCUGAUUCAGAGGCAGUAUGGGCUGGCUCAGCAGUAUGUGUAUCCACAGACCUUUGUGCAGCCUAGCCUGGUACUGCCCUCCCAGGUGUCCCCCAUCAGCUCCCCCUACCUGGACUACAGUGCCACCUACGCCCAGUAUGCCUCGGCCGCCUUCGAGCAGUACCCCUACGCUGCCUCCCCGGGCUUCCUGGGCUACGGCUACGCUCCCAGCUCCUCCACCGCUGCCCCCGCCCCUGUCCAGCAGCCCCACCCUGCCGGAGCUGCCCCUCCCACCGCAUUCAUCCAGUACCCUCCCCAGCAGGUGCAGCCCGACCGCAUGCAGUGAGCACCGCACUGGGGAAGGGGGCGUGCACCGGGGGGGACGGGUGGAAGCAACAGGAGGGUACUGACGGAUUCGGGCGAGCAGAGUGACAAUUGCACUAUGACAUCAGGAUAAGAAUUUGUUACUGAGGAGACUGUGAUCACAUCAAAGGGCUUCCCAGAAACACACCUUAAUGUUGCUCAGUUUAUUGUUCUUAAUAUUAUCUGUUAUAUUACUAUUGUUGUUAUUAUCACAAUUAUAUUAUUAUUAUUAUCAACGUUGUUAUGAUUACUAUCAAUGUUCUAAUAAUAAUUAUUGGAUCGGUGGAAACCUCACCCAAGUUACUUGCCAAAUGCAGCCUUGCGGUGAGCUGGGAAACUGCAGGUGACAGAGGGGAGGGUUAGGACUCUGAGAGAGGCAGCCCCCACUUAGGGAGGUGGGGUAGAGACCUGCCACACAGGAACACUCGGGGAGGGGGCUCCUCCAGACCAAAUGCUGCAGCCCUCGUUCCCACACAACAUGGGCCAAAAUCGGGAGACGGGGAGGCCCAGUGCCCCUCCUGUGUUUACUCCCCUCCCUCCAAGGAGCCUGACCGAAGACGAGCCGAGAUCGCACACCCUCCUGACGACUGUGCGGGCGACCACAGUGACAUCAGGAACACGAGGCCUUAUAAACUGCUGUCUCAUUUCUAGUUUUACGUCCUCCUUUCUUCCCAUCCCCCUAACUGUGAACAUCAGCGGCCAAUUUUUUGAUACAGGACUCAUUUACGUGUAUACAGUGGAAUUUCUUUAUUUUCAAGGUCGUGCUCGCCUCGUCUUGUUAAAUUAUUGUAGGUGGAUGUAGAUAAUCACAACUGAUUUUCAAUAUGCAAUUACGGCAGGGGCGGGGAAUAAGAGGUGAGGAUAAGGGUAACAAUGUAUAAGGUAGUUGACACUGUAAUAUGUAUUUUUUAUAACUGUUAAUCUAAGAUAAUCAUGCCAAUGUUGCUUUUUAAAAGGACAUACAUGUAUACCAUUUUAGGAAAUUGCUGCAAUUGAGGUAAAUUACAGUAUUUAUGUUUAAAAUAUUUAAAGAAAUGCAUAAGUUACAAACUUGCUCUGGAUUUUUGGUAGUUUUAUUUAAAAGUUUGUCCACAGGAAAUGGGUCAAAACUCCUCUGUACCUUGAAUGUGCCGAUUCCUGCCCGACUGCUGAUGGGACACAAAUAACGGCACGUUUCUGAAGGAUUCCACUGUCACAGCCGCAGCUUGCUGACACUGUCGUUCUUGGAACAUUUCAGUACAAUGUUAUUUAUGUACAAUGAA